AUGGCUUCUGGAGUGCCAAAGACACCAACACCUCGUAUUUUGCUCAGGGAAAGACUGAAGGCUGAUUCUCUGACUCCCUCUGCCUUCCAGAAGGAGAUGUCUCUCAACACCAAGCAGAGGCUGGCCAGAGCUAAGAAGCUGAGUCUGCCUCCCAUUGUCCAGCCUCAAGACAAGCCUGGGACCUCCCAUCACAAGUUCUCAGCAGCUGCCCCAGAGCAGCGCUCGUUUCAGCCUUGCCCACCAGAGGUGGUGUUUCAGAACUACAGCCCCGGUGAGGUCUGUGAAGUGCCACUGGUUCUGAGGAACAGGGACAAGGUUCCUCACUUGGUGAAGGUCACCUUGAAGAGCUCACCUUAUUUCCAGCUGGUGGGCCCCAAUGACGUGUGCCGCAAGGUGCCACCAGGCCUCUACACCACUGUCCGCAUCCUCUUCACCCCUGGGCAGAGAAAGGAUUAUUUCCACCAGCUCCUCUGCACCACUGAAAAUGAAGAGUUCAUUGUGCCAAUUUGGGCCAUCGGUGGCCGAGCCAUCCUGGACUUCCCUGACCAGCUGGACUUCUCCACCUGUCCGGUCAAGUACACGACCCAGAAGACCCUGCUGGUUCACAAUGUUGGAAACCGGCCUGCUCGUUACGAGCUGAGCACCCAGAGCCCUUUCUCUGUCACUCCGGCCAUGGGAACUCUGGAUGUUGGUGACGCCGUGGAGGUGGCAGUGGAAUUUCGGCCACUGAAGACUGGUGACCAUUCCAGGUCCCUUGUUGUGCACUACGACACAGGUGAAGACACCCACACAAGCCUUCAUGCCAGAGCUGUGGAUGCCCACAUCAGGCUGGACAGGAAUACUGUGACCCUGCAGAAGACAUACAUCACCAUGUCAAACAGCGCAACUGUGCUCAUCCACAACCGCAGCGACAUCACAGCCCGCUUCCAGUGGAAGGCUGUGGAUACUGAGGAACAGGAGGAACAGCUGAGGCAGAGGCAGUAUCACAGGAUAUACCAGCAGCAAAGGCACAAGUUGUAUAGUUUUCUGAAGGAGCGUGAAGUGGACAUCACUUGCCGAGAACGCCUUGCUCUUCUCAACCACACCUUCCAGAGUGAGGUAGCAAAGAUCAGAGGAGAUCCCAUGCUGUUAGACGAUGACAUUUUCUCCCUUGUGCCAAAGGAGGGUGAGAUCAUGCCGAAGUGCUCGGCUGAAAUCAGCGUGUUCUUCACGCCCCAGGCAGCCCAGGUCUAUGAGCGAACAGUUUUCUGUGACAUCUCAGGCCGUGAGAACAGGCUGCCCCUGCUCCUCAUGGGGGAAGGCCUCGGGCCCCAGGUCCAUUUCCACUUUGAGGAACUGAACAUCGGGGAGGUUUUUGUCAGAGUAACCCACAGAUAUGAGGCAUACCUGAUCAACAAGGGGCCUAUUGAGGCUCCCUUCAAACUCAUCCCUCCAACCACAGCCAUGGGCUCCUGCUUCACCUUCCUGCCCCAGGAGGGCAUCGUGGCACCAGAGAAGCUCCAGGCCAUCCGGGUCUCCUUCUGUCCCACCAUCCGGGGGGAGUUUGAGGAACAAUUCUAUUUCCAUGUGGCUGAAUCCCCUAAGCCUGUGAUCUUCACUGUCAGGGGCUCUGUGAUGGGACCCACUUUCCAUUUUGAUGUGCCUGCCCUGCACUUCGGUGACAUCGCCUUUGGUUUUCCUCACACCUUGAAGUGUUGCCUGUUUAACACCUCCCUGACGCCCAUGGGCUUCUCCCUCUACAUUCCUGGGGAUGGCUUGGGAGUGCCCAGUGUCAGCAGCACUACUCAGAUAGGCAAACCCAGCAGCCAGCUGUGGAGGAAGGAAGUUCGUGUUCUGAGGAGAUUACAGGAAUUUACCAUAAACCCCCACAGCGGGACCGUCCGUGCCCUGGGAUCCCAGGAUAUCAAGGGACCAGCAGAAGAAUUAAAGGACAACUCUCCCUUUGUCUACCAUGGAACAGGAGUUGGAGGACAGCACACAUGGGUCACCCUGUGUCCCAACACUGUUGGGGACUACAAUCUGGAGCUGGUGCUGGACGUGGAAGAUGUUGGCAGGAAGGUGUUUGCACUGCCCCUCACAGCCAGGUGCAUCGUUCCUACUCUGCGAGUGCUCAACCCUGUCGUGGAACUGGGGCACUGCUGCUUGAAGGUGCUCUAUGAUGAGAAGGUGACCCUGGUGAAUGACAGUGACUUCCCUGGCUGCUACUGUCUUCUCCCUCAGGAACACAAGGAGGAGGCUGCUGCGUGGUACUCCAGCCUUGCACCCUCUGGGAUUAUCGAGGCUCACAGCUCGGUGCAGAUCCCAAUUACAGUCCAGGCCCAGUUGCUGGGACAGUGCAGCAUCACUGCCAAGCUGGCCGUGUUUGGGAGACCAGGAUCCCCACUGGAAAUCCGUUUAGAGUGCGUUGGCCAGGGCCCCGUUGUCUAUGUCCAUCCCAGGGAGAUAAACUUUGGCUCUAUCCCAGUCCUAGAGGAUUGUUCCAAAACUCUCCACCUCGCCAAUCAGUGUAAGAUUCCUGCAGCCUUCCAGGUGGAGAUGGCUGUGGAGCGUUCCUGCUGGAGGAUUGAGCCCAGUAAAGGAGUGGUCCCCCCCAGUUCUGAGGUGUCCGUGGCUAUUGUAGCUAACCUGAAUGACACAGUGAAAUUCCAGGAGAAGCUGAAGGUGUUCAUUGAGAACAACCCUGUGACCAUCAUCCCUCUCCAGGCUGUGGGCAUUGGCACCACAGUUGUCUCGGACAAACCUCUCGUUCCGAAGAUCGACUUGAAGUCCUGCUUCAGCUUCAGUCGCUGCUUUUACCACUUCCAGCUGACGAACAGAGGCCGCCGCACGCAGCGGCUCUACUGGAGCACGGAAGGGUUCCGCACCUUCCGCCGCAGCGCGCGGGCCCCGGCCCCCGCGGGCCCCCCGGGCAAAGGGGCUCCCCCCAUGCCCAGGCCUGGCAGCCCCGUGUUCAAGCUGUGCCCAGUGCAGGUGGACCUGAGGCCGGGCCAGACUGUGGACAUGGUGCUGGAAGGCUGCUCCAGCACUGUCCAGGAGGUGAAGGAGCGGCUGCUGUGCCACGCUGUGGUGGGGAAAGAGACAGCAAAGAAACAGAUCCUGCAAACAGAUGUCAUCUGCAACUUCAUCUGCCCUGCAGUGCAAAUGUCCCCCAGAGCCAUCGCUUUCCGUGUGGAAAAGAAACCCAGUGAUGUCCUGACACUGCAGUACCAGCCACUGACAUUAAAAAACACCAGCUCCCUGCCAUUCAGCGUGGUGCUGGACGUGGAGCAGCCCUUCCUGGUCUGCAAUGUGAAACGGAAGCCCCUCCCUGCAAAUUGCAAGGCCGUGGACUUUGGCUGCAUCAUAAAUGACACUGAACAAGAGUUGAAGAUGGAGAUGACCAACUGCAGCCCACUCCCUGUCAACUACCACUGGUCAUUCCUGACAGACAGCCAGGUGAACACCAUCAGGUUCAUCCCUUCACCACCUAAAUUCAAGCCACGGUCAUUAAACAAGAGGAGAGUGUUUCCAUGGAGAUACUCCAUGACUGAAAGUGUGGAGGAGCCGACCAAAACCCCAGACACAACGCAGGAUUCUGCCCAGGAAGAUUCUGCCCAGGAAGAUUCUUCCCAGGAAGAUUCUGCCCUGGAGGAUUCUCUCCUGGAGGAUUCUGCCCUGGAGGAUUCUGCCCUGGAGGAUCCUGCUCAGGAAGGUCCUGCCCAGGAGGAUGCUGCCCUGGAGGAUCCUGCUCAAGAGGACUCUGACCAGGAGGAUUCUGCUCAGGAGGACUCUGACCAGGAGCCAGAAGAUGCAGAGCAUUCCCUGGAAUCAGAGGUGGAUUUUCUUGUGCACCUACCACUUGCUUUGCCUCCUCAACUUGCCACCAAAAUGUCAUACUCGUGCCAACCUCCCUUUUUGCUGCCCUUCCGUCCUGUGCCCUGA